AUGGAAUCAUCCUCUGAUCUGGAGCAUCUCCACCGCCGAUUCUCGCCGUCGGGUGGCAAUUGUCAAGGGUGCGACUGUGGAUUCGGAUUACUCGAUCCUGCGCCAGCGAGGGACCAGAUGAUUGAUACUUACCUCAACACUCUCUGGCUGGUGUGGAGGAAGUACUUUGACUGGUGUGUUUGGGCGUCUCUUGUCACCAUUGUUGGAGGGAUUCUUCUGACCUCUGUAACAGAGCUUAGCUUUAAUUGUUUGGGUUCUGUGCUGCUUUGUUUGGGUGCUUGGCUACUUCCACUAAGACUGUUCUUGCUGAAUCUCUUCUUCAUGGUUAUAAAUUUGACAG